GGGCGGGCAUGGCGGCGGCGGCUGGAAGCGGGACGCCCCGAGAGGAGGAGGCUUCCGGAGGGGAGGCAGUGGCCUUGCAGCCCCAAGCUCCGACGAAUGCGACCGGGGCUCGCCUCUCGAGGCUGCCUCUGGCGCGAGUGAAGGCCUUGGUGAAGGCGGACCCUGACGUGACGCUGGCGGGACAGGAAGCCAUCUUUAUUCUGGCGCGCGCCGCGGAACUGUUCGUGGAGACCAUUGCAAAAGAUGCCUACUGCUGUGCCCAGCAAGGAAAGAGGAAAACCCUACAGAGGAGAGAUUUGGAUAAUGCAAUAGAAGCUGUGGAUGAAUUUGCUUUUCUAGAAGGUACUUUGGAUUGACUGCUGAGCUGAGUGUUUUUGUGAGCUUGUACUGCCUUUUUCAGCUCACCCCUCUGCAGGCUUCAGCUUUGAAGAACAGAGUCUGCGUGUAUACACUCUGCCUUUUCUACCUUUACCAAAGCUGGAAUAAGAAGAGAUCACAUCCAAUAGCUUUCUCUACAAGAUAUUCCACUAGUUAAGUCUGUCUUCCAUUUCAAGCCUGGAUGUAGCUGCUACUGCUUGGGGCAGAAAUGAAGAAACUGUUCUAUAGAAGUGGCUUAAUGAAUGAGGUAGACCAGAAAAAAGGUCUUUGAUAACUUCAUUCUAGUGUGUUUUAUAAUCUCACCUUUGCUCUUGCUCUGUAACUAGAUGACCACUGUGGCCAAGUGCACAGACCUUCCUUAUCUUUCCUGCCAGCCAUUAAACCAUCUUUAAGUUAAUUUUGUUCUUCAUUUCCCCAGCAUGUCACUGGAGUGUGGGGCCACAAUUUAAAUACUGCUUGUUCAAAGAAACAUGGUUCUAGAUUGAAAACCAUUAAAAGUACUUUUUCCUAGAA